GAAAGAAAAAUGGCGAAUCUCGUGGAGGCGACUACCCAACAGCAGUUUGAAGAUUUCUUAGCCAAAGCUGGAAAAUGCCUGACCGUGGUGCAUUUUCAAGCGGCGUGGGCUCCUCAGUGUGGCCAAAUGAACGAGGUGAUGGCCGAACUAGCCAAAGAACAUGCGCACACUACGUUCGUGAAGCUGGAGGCGGAAGCGGUCCCGGAGGUGUCGGAGAAGUAUGAAAUUUCCUCCGUCCCCACUUUCCUUUUUUUCAAGGGGGGAGAGAAAGUGGACAGCCUGGACGGGGCUCACGCUCCGGAACUGACUAAGAAAGUGCAGCGCCUCGCAGUGAGCGAGGGUCCCGGUGGAGCCGCUGAGGGCAGCGGCGCAGAUCUGAACCAGCGGCUGAAGAAGCUGCUCAACGCCGCCCCCUGCAUGCUCUUCAUGAAGGGGUCACCCCAGGAGCCCCGCUGCGGAUUCAGCCGACAGAUAGUGGCGCUGCUGAAAGAGCACAAAAUCCAGUUCAGCAGCUUCGACAUCCUGUCCGAUGAGGAGGUCCGACAGGGGCUGAAGACCUACUCCAACUGGCCCACCUACCCCCAGCUGUAUGCGAACGGGGAGCUGGUGGGAGGACUGGACAUAGUGAAGGAACUGGCUGAGUCCGGAGAGCUGGAGAACACCUGCCCGAAGGCUGUCACCUUAGAGCACCGACUGAAGACCAUCAUCAAUCAGAGUCCAGUCAUGCUGUUCAUGAAGGGCAAGAAAGAGGCUGCCAGAUGUGGCUUCAGCAGGCAGUUACUGGAGCUUUUGAACGGUACUGGGGUGGAUUAUGACACCUUUGAUAUUCUGCAGGAUGAAGAAGUGCGGCAGGGGCUCAAGACUUACUCUAACUGGCCAACCUACCCUCAGCUCUACGUGAAAGGAGAGCUUAUCGGUGGUUUGGACAUUGUCAAGGAGCUGAAGGAGAGUGGAGAGCUGGUAUCAGUCCUGAAAGGGGAGUAGUAGAUGGAUCUGCAUUGGCCAUCUGAGGGAGGGAACAAGAAGCUGCUGCACAUACCCAGAUUAGCUCCAGUAACCCUGCAGAAGGGUCAAAAUUUUCUCUAGUAACUAAUUGUAUUGCAGCAGGGGGAUAGAUUCACUAUAAUUACAGACAGAAAUGAAACUGCUGUCAACAGUAAGAAUUUACAUCUGUUUUCCUUUCUGGUAAUGGUCAUUACUGGAAAGUUGGGCUACUAGAAAUUCACUUAAGUAAAUACUUCUUGCUGUCUGAUUCUUGGAAAACUAAUGACGUUAGUUCACAAUAUCUGCAUUUUUUGGGAUUAUAGCUUUCCUUCCAGUGUUGACAGCCUCACGCUUCAGUACGUUAUAUAAACUUUUAUUUUCCUACCCAGGCCAGCUGCUCACUGUUCACACCGUCCUGUCUGCACAUUCUCCUCCAAGCUGUUUUUAAGCUCUGUGCAAGGAUCACUCUGUUAACAAGCUAUGCGUGUUUGUCAGUAAGAUUACGAUUAAAAAUUAAAACAAUUGAAAGUG